CCUUGCCCACGGGAAGUGCUUGGUGGACGUUGUCUGUUUAUUAUUGUUGACGUAUGUGUGGAUCUCAAAUGUUGACAAAUAAAUAAAACAGAAGCUGUCACAGUAAUGUUAGCUGUCUGCCGAGCUAUGUUUCAUUGAUCAUCUGUGAGGCGUUUGUGGUCUAUUACUCCAUUAGUGAAGUCAGAAGAUCAGAGGGCAAAACUGCAAGAUGACUGCUGCCGAUGCGGCAUCGGCAUCGCUGUCCAGUCGACUUGACAGUAUCACAACAGAAUAUCAGAUAUGCCGUCGGAAACUGGAGAGCAAAUGCGAAGCUCUUCUGAUUCUGAGCAAAGAGUUGCACCAAUGCCGCAGCGAGAGAGACCAGUUCAAGCUGAUGGCAGAGCAAGUCCGGGAUCGAUAUCAAAUGGUCAAGAGACAAUUGACCGGUGAUACUCCGAUGUCUCCCUCGCACGCUGACAUGGACCCAAAGACGUUCUCCGACAUUCAGACACAGAGUCUGGCCCGACUGUUGUUUGAUACAAAGGAAAAUAACAAGUCUCUGAAGUUUGAAGUGGAUGAUCUGAGACAGAAGCUUCAAGAUGCAGAAGGAGAUAUAAAGUUGCUGCGAGAGCAAAUAGCAAGGUCCAGGGUAGGCACGACAGACGAAGGGCUGAAUACUCGCCACUUCCCCGCUCACGAGAGAGAGGAUCUGGUACGGCAGCUGGAGGCCAGCAGAGAGGAGUACGUCCAGCUAGAGCGAGACUUGCAACAAGUGCUGGAUGAGAAAGAGGAGCUGGUGACGGAGAGAGAUGCGUACCGCACAAAGUACGAGCGCCUUAACACGGAGCUCAACUACAUCCUAGGGGGAGAUGAGAAGAGGAUUGUGGACAUUGAUGCCCUCAGUAUGGAGAACAAGUACUUGCAGGAGCGACUGAAACAAAUGGAAGAGGAGAAGACGAUGGCCAUUGCCACUGUGACCAAGUAUAAGAGCAUUUUGGAGAAAAAGAAAACCAAGGGCAUCAUGAAGUUAGGCCAGAGUCGAAGUGGAGGACUUGUUAUCACGCAAAAACAAGUCCAAGAGAUAAUGCAGAGUCGGUCUUCCAUCACGCCCACACCUCAAGCACUCGCUGACCUCCAGGGCCUGUGUGCCGCCCUCCUGGACACGAUCAACGACAAAAACCUGGCCCUGUCACACCAGAGAAAAACCAACAAACUAUUGGGAAAUCGUGUCAAUGAACUGGAAAAGAAGCUGAAGACUCUUGAGGUGUCAGGACUAUGGAGUGUAUCAGCGCACAGAGCAGCCCCGCCCACAACCGACACACCCUGAAUGAGCUGAGCAGGCUGGACCUGGAAGAGUUGGAUCUGCUUCCCACCAAAGAGGAAGUGGUGAAAGGUGAGAAGAGAGAGGCGGAGCCUGUGAGCUGCAGCGGGAGUGGCCUCUCUCCUCUGGCCCUGACCUCCCCGCCGUCCACGCCUUCUAUCCUGGACUCGGCCAUCGGAGUAUCUGAUAUGCUUGAGGAGAGUUCUCCGGGACAGUCGGGCCUGCUGAGUGACCAAAGACUGGGGCUGCUUGCUGGGGAAAAGGAAACCCCAGACUACGACAGAAUCAGAGCCAAGUUACUGCAACGGGACAGUGGAGAGGACCUCCAAAGUGAUGAUGAUGAUAGCCACAACUUGUCUGAAAGGUUGGAACACUGUCUCGAAAAAGACGUAGAGGACAUCAAAGACUCGGAGGGUAUCUUUGAAGGCUUUGAGCCUCAUUGUCAAGACGACCUUUUUCAGAAUGAGGAGGAUGAUGAUGAUGAUGAUGACUGUGUCGGAGCUAGUGAGGAGUUUAAGAGUUUAAUUGAAUGUGUCACGGCUAAGCUGAUAGAACGCUCCCAUCAGAUUCAUCCCCCUGGGAAGAAUGCACACGCUGCUGACAGCUGCAGGCAAACCGCAAACCCGAUGACGUUGUCGGAUGAAAAAUGCCGUAGUCGUCUUCCUCUGGAUGAAGAGGUGGAUGUGGACAUGUCGUCUGCUGGACAACGGGGGGGACGGGGAGGUAUGGAGGAGGUCACUCUGGUGUCGGGGAGAGGCCUGCAGCUGUCAGACGUCGCGGGACCACCGGGGACGGAGGAGGAGGAUGAGGACGGGGGCUCCAAGUUGUCGUUGCUUGGCUCUCAAAGUGACGGUAGUAGAAGUAGAACUGACGAUGUUCCUGUUAUAGACUGUUAACUUUUCUGCGGAUAGUUCGCAGUUGCGAGUGCCGUAAAACCUCUUCUAAAUAAAAAAA